AUGGUGACUUUAAUGCCGUGUAAUUAUCUCAACGCACAAAAUAGGUGCACAAUGAUCGAUAAGAUGUGCGAACCAAAGGUGAAGCGGUCAAGGGCAGAUGGCGAUUCCCCAACGGAAAAAGAAAGAAUAUCAGACACGGCUUGCAGCCCACAGAGUGGCCACUCUUCAUCCACAUGCGAAUCACCGCCUCCUGCAGCAGCUUCGACGGUUCUCCACGCAUCGCCCGACCCCCUUUCUUCCUCGCCGUCAACGAACAUCCCCACGGCGAAUUUUACUCCGGCCUGGUCGCUACUGGACACCCAAGGUGUUAAAUCCGAAAUACGAAGUCCCGGACUGGCCGAAACCGAUUGCGUAGCAACCUCCCAGGAUUCCGCUUCGUUUUACAGUUCCCCUAUAGACCUGGGCAACAUUUACGAUAAAGACUACAAGGACUAUCACCAGACCUACUCGGCGGCACAUUCGUACUACAACAGUUUACAACCGAGUUAUGGUUCUACCAGUUCCAAUGCACCUUACAUUAAUUCAGCUUCGUCGUUCUAUAAUACUUCCUCCUAUCCGUACUCCGGUUUGAAUUCCCCGAGAUCCCUGAACCCCGCUUGCAAAGUUAGCGCCGGCUACAUUGCACCCUCGUAUUCAUCUCCGGCUUCUCCAUUCAAUGCCACAGGACAAACCGGACAGUAUUCUUCCUAUACUGCUUAUACUGCGCCCGGAGCGUCGAGCUUCACCCAAGGAUUCUCAUCGCAGGAUUACAGCUCGUACGGGACGACUUAUCCCGAUACUCAGACAUCGCAAUUCGCUUCCAGUUAUUACGCUCAAAGCUAUUCUCCCUACGUAAGUUCUCCCAGCUCUAGUGGAAGUUUGGGCACGACUUCCUACCACUUAACGUCUCCUUCGAUAUUAGAUAAUUCACCGAACGGCGUUACUUUAAACGAAGGCCCGACGUCGCCACUGAAGCCCGACAAUGCCAGACGGUCCAGAGAGUCUUCGGGUAGCGUAAAUUCCGAGUCCAGAGCUCGAGGUAGAGGAAGGCGGACGAACACAGUAUCACCCACUACACCCGAAUCCACCACCGAUCGAGUAUUCAUUUGGGACCUCGACGAGACCAUUAUAAUCUUCCACAGCCUACUCACCGGUAGCUAUGCAGCCAAAUAUCAGAAAGACCCGCAGAACGUUGUGCAGCUCGGGUUUAAGAUGGAGGAAAUGGUGUUUAAUUUAGCCGAUAAUCAUUUCUUUUUUAACGAUAUUGAAGAAUGUGAUCAAGUACAUAUAGACGAUGUGUCAUCAGAUGACAACGGGCAAGAUUUAUCCAGUUACAAUUUUAGUACGGACGGGUUCCAGUCGACUAGUACAACGGGAAGUGGCAAUUUGUGUUUAGCAACCGGCGUCAGAGGAGGCGUAGACUGGAUGAGAAAACUAGCUUUUAGAUACAGAAAGAUUAAGGAAACUUACAACAAUUACAGGAAUAGCGUCGGCGGUCUGCUGGGAACAACGAAGAGAGAGCAAUGGCUCCAAUUAAGAGCCGAGAUAGAAUCCGUAACGGACAAUUGGUUGACAUUGGCGAAUAAAUGUUUGACUCUCAUCAAUUCGAGAAGUAAUUGCGUAAAUGUUUUGGUAACGACUACGCAACUCAUUCCGGCUCUCGCGAAAGUUUUGCUCUUUGGUUUGGGCGGCGUGUUUCCCAUUGAUAAUAUUUAUUCGGCGACUAAAAUUGGUAAAGAGAGCUGCUUCGAAAGGAUAGUAACGAGGUUCGGAAGAAAAUGUACUUACGUGGUAAUAGGCGAUGGGCAGGACGAGGAAGCGGCAGCCAAAGCGCUAAAUUUUCCUUUUUGGAGAAUAACUAGCCACAGCGAAAUUGCUGCGUUGUACAAUGCACUCGACAUGGACUUCUUAUGA